UUUUGGUAAGGGUAAUUAGAAAACUAUCUUUUGGUUUGAUGUCAUGCCAAAACCAAACGCAAGACAGACUCCAAUUUACCUUUACUUCAGGCUCAUGUAAUCGAAACGUGUACAUAACCAUCUGCUUCGUGUAACGUAAUGGUGUCGAGGCACAGCCUUAGAAAAAAAAUGUAGGGCAUCAAUACCCAGAUAUAGUUCGGAGCCACGACUACUUCCGCUCAGGUCAGUCUAACGACGUGCUGUCUGCGCUUGGGACCUGCACACAUCAACAAGGACAUAAACAUUUCUCUCCAUAGCAGAUUGUUUCUAUACCUACCUCCACUGCUCGCUACUUCUCACCAGAAUGAAUGUGGGUGUGGCACACAGUGAGGUGAACCCAAAUACUCGGGUCAUGAACAGUCGAGGGAUCUGGCUGACCUAUGCGCUUGGUGUCGGAAUACUUCACAUUGUGCUCUUGAGCAUACCCUUCUUCAGUGUACCAUUGGUGUGGACUCUAACUAAUGUUAUACACAACUUUGGAAUGUAUGUCUUUAUGCAUGCGGUGAAAGGCACACCCUUUGAGACCCCUGACCAAGGAAAAGCCCGACUUCUCACACAUUGGGAACAGCUCGACUACGGCGUGCAGUUCACGUCAUCUAGAAAGUUCUUCACCAUCUCCCCAAUCAUUCUAUACUUCCUGGCAAGUUUCUACACAAAGUAUGACACAACGCACUUCGUCAUAAACACUGCCUCGCUUUUAAGCGUUCUGAUCCCCAAGCUGCCACAACUACACGGAGUAAGAAUUUUCGGCAUCAACAAGUAUUAAUUUAUUGUGAAUGCUGUGGCCCACAGCAACAGAAGUUGAAAUGUCAGUGUAAUCCGUACUGCCGACGUGUGUACAGUUUGUGUGAACGUCACUGUCGUCGUUUAGGUUUAUCAGGUUUAAGAUGAAAUGUUUAAAAUAAACAGGAGUAGGUUUGUAGAUGACAGGAUGCCAUAUGCAUUACUAACGUAUGUGAAUAUUUAACGAUGUAUUUUUGGCCUGCAUAGACCUGGGCUGGCCCGGGAAUCAGUGAGGCUUUUGGUUGACUUUUGUUUGUUUCUUUGCCCUCAAUUCACAUGGCAACACAAAUUGUGAGUAUGAGUCUGUUUCUUGCCACAGAGACGUCCCUGACUGUAUUUUUCAAAGAUGUUUACUUCGUAAGGGUAGGGGCCUGUGGCUCAUUGUUUAUUGGUACACUCUCAUUUUGCAAUGGGUGUCAAACUUAUUCACGCUGAGUGAAGAAUAGAAUCAUACUCUUUAUUUGCACAAUUUCCUUGGUAUGUGAAUCUUUUCUCGUUUGUAACUCAAUCAAACAGGGCAGGCUGUCUCAUUGUACAGUUUUAUUUUUUUUUGUGAAUGUUAUGUCCUGUAUGUUAAAGAAAAAGUCACGUGUUUAGAAAUGAGACAAAUUAUUGUUGUCUGGUUAAGUGUUUACUGAGGGAGGUCUACAGUAUCUCUGUGAUCAACUUGCAUUCAUGUAGCUGCUCUAUUUUAGAUUUACUUUUUGCUAUCAUCAAGGCAGCUAGUCCUGCUUUGUUUGUCCAUAGCUCUUGAUUUGUCCUGUUCUUAAUCUUAUUAAAAGGUUUGUGCCCUCUAAGUGUUUCAUCUCUUACUGUUGUGCAUAAGCAUGUUUCCCGAUGAUUAGGGAAUUUUAGGAAUGUAAUGAGAUUUUGUGUAAUCUCCACAGAAGACAAGUCAAUUAUUUUGAGGAUUCUCUCAGAUUAUCAGGGAACACACAUGGUUUACUUC